AUGUUGUCUCUUCUUGCCACACGUCCGGCGGACCGGCACUUAUGCCGAGCUUUACUCCUUUUCAGCAGCUUCGUCACAAUCGUGCUGCUCAUCGGCUUCCUUCCUAUGGUCCGGAAGCAAGCCCAAGAACCGUUCGAGAUUCCACUUGAUGUCUGCGAAGCCGUGUGCGGCAGCGGCGUGGCCCUUUCGUCAGAUUGGGCCGAACGGAUCAUGUCAUGGGUCUGGCCAGUGGUCUUCCUGACCUCGUCCAUUGCCAUCUCGCCUUUCGGUCUGGAAACGAACUUUCUAAUGGCGACGCACGCUUUGGCCAACCCAAUUGACACCUUCUACUCCAUUUUCCGCACUAUCAGCUACUGGGAACGCAUUGAGCAAGAGACCAGCAUUCAUGCCAAUCAGCUGGGUCAACAAAGCCUAAUAAGCAUCGGAGAAGGUACCGCGGAGCAAUUCAAGCACUGUCUCAUUCUUAUCCUGCACGCCAUGGACACCUUAUCAGCAAUAAUACCUGAGAACUAUCCUCGACGUCCGUUUUCGGAUUUCAUACGGCAAGUGACCCAACAAGAACCCCGUCUGGUAUUUAGUGUCGGCAACGCACUGCGGUGUCAUCGCCGACGCUCCAGCGGAUAUGGUCCGGUUGUCGUUGCCGCGAUAUCACUCUUCUUUGCGCUUACUGGUCUGGGAGGCUCUGGCGUAUCAGGAGGUAAAAUUGCUGCCGGUUUCAUCUUCACCUGGCUACUCCCCCUCACGUUGCUUCGUUGCCAGAUUGGGGACUGGCACAAUCUGCACGGCAUCCACCUUCAGCUGCAGAGACUAGUACUCGAAGUCGGCAAGAAGAAUAAGCCGUGGGUCGACGUGGAGGAUACAACGUUUCUUGAUCCGCCUGAUCUGGAUGUUGCAGUACUUGCCCAGAAUGGGAUUCUACCGACGUUUCAACAUUCUGGAGACCGCCCGGGCGAACGCCGCAUAUACUGCCUAUUGCUCUCUUUCUGCCCCGUUUUACUGAGCUUCUGCACGGCCUUUGGUGCCCUGUUGGCUCCGCAAACAACAAGUUUCACGGACCGGCACUGGCUUGUUAUUGGGAUAGCUGGGCUCCUGAUAGGCAACACAUGCGCUUCCGGGAUCUUUCUCGCUUCACAACGGGCCAGAAAAGGGGCUUCUCGGGGACCAAGCUCGGCCACGCUCUACGGAGAUUGCACGAUCGCGGCCGUGAUUCUAGGCGUUCUGGUUUCAUCCGCCACUGGCCUUCUAAACAGCUGCAGGACGUGGAGCAACUAG